UACAAAUAAUUAUUGAGCACGUACUGAGAGGUUGUUUGCAUGCUCCCUGUGUGAACUACAAUAACGUUUAAUAAGUAAGUCCUGCCCUUAGGGGCAUGCACUUCAAUUGGAGAGACAUACAAUAUUCAUAAAUCAAGAACUAACAAGUUGAAAUACUGAACCCACUAAUAUUAAUGAGGCUCACAAGCUCCUCAAUCCUUGCCUCCCCCAAUCUUCUACAAACCAGGUCUAAAUUAUUAUCAAUUCCUUGGGAACCAAAACCAUCUAAUUACAGGUGCUAAGAUGAAUGUAUAUGCUAUAAUGAAAGCUUUAUGUAUCAUUGUGCACAUAUAUGGAGGCCAGAGCACAACAUCAGUGUCUUCUUCAACCACGUUCCACCUGAAUUCUGAGACAAGGUCUUUCACUGAACCCAGGGCUCAAAUUUUUGACUGAGCUUUGGUGCUUAGCAGGUCUUCCCAGGGUCCUCCCAUCUCCAUCCCACAGUACUGAGGUUAUGAAUAUGUGCCUUGAUUUUGGACAGAUACUGGGGAUCUGAGCUCAGAUCUUCAUGCUUGUACAGCAAAUAUUUUACCUACCAAGCCAUCUAGACAGCUUGAUGGUUGACGCUGUCUCGAUUAUAGGAAGCCAAGAGGAAUCAAUCAGAAGGAGAAAGCAGUUUUAUCUAUAAAAUAAUGCAUGAUGCAACAGACCAGCAUUGUUACCCGAACCACUAUUCUUUUUUCCAUAACAAAAAAUAGAAAUAUUGGGUAUAAGAAAAAUUGGGUCCAGUAAGACAAUCUGGGUAUAAUAACCCUAUGUUCUUCUUAUAGCUAUAUGCUCGCUCUCUGCUUCUGAAUUUGAGUCACAGCCCUGUUCUUCCAUGUUCUUCCCACCACAGUCCUCAGAGUAUACUUUCCACCAACCCCAGCUGUACAUCACUGGAGUGUUCUCCUGAGAGGCAGCUGAUUCCCUACCGUCACAGAUGCAGAAGCAGAGUGAAAUCAUAGUCCACUAAUGAGUUUUGGAGCCAGCUUCGUCAGCUUUUUGAACGCCAUGAUGACAUUCGAGGAGGAGAAAAUGCAGUUGGCGUGCGAUGACUUAAAGACUACAGAGAAGCUGUGUGAGAGUGAAGAGGCUGGUGUAAUCGAAACAAUUAAGAACAAAAUUAAGAAGAACGUUGAUGCCCGGAAAUCCACCCCCUCCAUGGUCGAUCGACUUCAGAGGCAGAUCAUCAUCGCUGACUGCCAGGUUUACCUGGCAGUGCUUUCCUUUGUGAAACAAGAGUUGUCGGCCUACAUAAAAGGUGGGUGGAUCCUUAGGAAAGCCUGGAAGAUUUACAGUAAGUGCUAUGUGGACAUCAACGCCCUUCAGGAACUGUAUCAGAAGAAGCUGACGGAAGAGCCCUUGGCUUCUGAUGCUGCAAAUGAUAACCACGUUGUGGCCGAAGGGGUGACCGAGGAGUCCUUAAGCAGACUGAAAGGGGCUGUGAGCUUUGGAUAUGGCCUUUUCCACCUUUGCAUAUCCAUGGUGCCCCCAAACCUGCUCAAAAUCAUCAACCUGCUGGGCUUUCCUGGAGACCGCCUACAGGGCCUUUCUUCACUGACGUAUGCGAGCGAAAGUAAGGACAUGAAGGCCCCUUUAGCUACAUUAGCCCUGCUGUGGUACCACACUGUGGUCCGCCCAUUUUUUGCUUUGGACGGCAGUGACAACAAAGGGGGCUUGGAUGAAGCUAAGGCAAUUCUUCUCAGAAAGGAAUCUGCUUACCCCAACUCUUCCCUCUUCAUGUUUUUCAAGGGACGGAUCCAGCGGUUAGAGUGUCAAAUCAACAGUGCCUUGACUUCCUUCCACACUGCUCUGGAGCUGGCUGUGGACCAGAGGGAGAUCCAGCACGUCUGUCUGUAUGAAAUUGGCUGGUGCAGCAUGAUUGAACUCAACUUCAAGGAUGCAUUUGAUUCCUUCGAGAGGCUGAAGAACGAGUCCCGGUGGUCCCAGUGCUACUACGCAUAUCUGACUGCAGUUUGUCAGGGAGCCACUGGUGAUGUGGAUGGGGCACAACUUGUUCUUAAAGAAGUCCAGAAGCUGUUCAAAAGGAAAAACAACCAGAUUGAACAGUUUUCUGUGAAGAAGGCUGAGCGAUUUCGGAAGCAAACCCCAACCAGAGCGCUGUGUGUGCUGGCCUCCAUUGAAGUGCUCUACUUGUGGAAAGCCCUUCCAAACUGCUCCUUCCCCAACCUGCAGAGGAUGAGUCAAGCUUGCCAUGAAGUGGACGAUUCAUCUGUCGUUGGAUUAAAGCAUUUGCUCCUUGGUGCCAUACACAAAUGUCUAGGAAACUCACAAGAUGCUCUUCAGUUCUUCCAGCGAGCUGCUAGAGAUGAGCUAUGUCGGCAGAGUAACUCGUACGUCCCGCCAUAUGCGUGCUAUGAGCUUGGCUGUCUCCUACUGGACAGCGCAGAGACUGUGGGAAGAGGCAGAACUCUACUUCUUCAGGCAAAGGAGGAUUUUUCUGGCUACGACUUUGAAAACAGAUUGCACGUCCGCAUCCACGCUGCUCUGGCCUCCCUAAGGGAACUUGUUCCUCAGUGAUAAACUCCCAGUGGCCCCUCCGUCCCCUCCACCCAGAGUCAGCACUAUGAAAGCUGAGGAGAAAACUCUCUUGAAGAUCAGCUUUUCUUCUGGAGACCACCUGGGCCAGGGAUGGGUUUCCUGGUGUCACUGACAUACUAAAGAUUCCUCUUUUAAACAUGUAGCUAUGGAGUAAUAAAGAUGUCCAUAACGAGAGCAAUGCCCGACCUGGGAGAGGGUUAAGUGACCUUGUUCAAACUAUUUAGUUUUGUGAUUUAUUAUUUUUAAAUAAAAUCAAACUAAAUAUUCACCCUGUGACCUUGCAGGAGCGCCUACAUUAAGCAUAGAUCAGAGUGGGCUCAGUGAAAGCUGUACCCAAAAAAUUAGAAACAGCACCACAUACAGCAUGCCUUCUGUGGUUAGAUAAAAAUUAAAGAGGUUUCUAGUGUUCUACUUUAUACUGGAAAUACUCCUAUAGUGAUUAUGGCACAAACCUUCUAGGCUGGAUGGGGUGGCACAUGCCUUUAGUCCUAGCACACAGGAGGCAGAGGCAAGCAGAAUUUCUGAAUAAAAGUUCUUAUCCUUCUUUUGUGUACAGUGAGACUCAGGUACAGCAAUGGCAGCUGACAUUCUCCAGUUGCUCGCAUUUCAUGGGGCAGUGACUAGAAUGCAAACCUCAGGACCAUGAACCGAAUACUAUUUUUAUAUAAAACAUGUAAAUAACCCGAAACUCCAUGCUUAAUGUAUAGAGAUCAAACGCCAUGCAGCUUAAGUUUCGUCAUCAACAGUAUUUAUCCCCAGGGGCCACAUAAGCAUAGGGCCCAUCCAUGUCCCUGUCCCCAGUACCCACAUAAAAACAAAAAGUAGCUCCGCAUGCCCCCUCAGAUGCAGUCCUUAGCGCUUGGGACACAGAGGCAGGAGGAUCCCUUGAGCUCCUCCCAACCCUGGGUCCACUGACAAGCUAGUCUUGCUGAACGGUGAGCUGCAGACUAAGUGUGAGACCUGACCCUGACCUCCCGCCUCUACAUACACUUCUACACACAUUCAUGCCUAGAUUGCAAAAGCUCUCAAAAUGGAGCCGACCAAACAGGAGCUGAGAAGAUAAGUCCACAGCAUGUCCCUGCUGCCAGUCCUAGCCACGCAGCACCUAUAUUUUAGGAGUUGUUCUGCUGUGAAAAUUACCAGGGGAUCAGCUUUUAACAACCCUUUAACACAGCAGUCCUCAAGCUGUGGGUGACAACCCCUUUAGGGUUGGGUUGAGUGACCCUUUCACAAGGGGCACAUAAAAGACAUCCUGCAUAUCAGAUAUUUAUAUUACGAUUCGUUACAGAGCAAAAUUACAGUUAUGAAGUAGCAAUGGAAUAAGUUUUUGUUUGGGGGUCAGUGUAACAUGGACUGUAUUGAAGGGCCGCAGCGUUAGGGAGGGCGAGAGCCACUGCACUAGCAGACAUCUCACAGAGGCUGUAGUUCCAGAGUGUGGUUUGUACCUGAUACUUUUUGAUGCUGAAGUAUCUGCAGGGCUGUGUGUUGCUGGACUUUCACCAUUCCCUCUCAUGUCAGGUCGCUGACUAUUAAAGGGAAUCCACUGUUACGGUUUAUCCCGUCAUUGCUGGGAUUUCCUGGUGGUUGGAUGUUCUUUGUGCUCAGUACUACACAGCUGUGGACUUGAAUAAACACCUCAGUCACUUUUAAGAAUCCUUGCCAUGAUUUGGCUGUCAUCUUUAGGUUUCUACAUUUUCACUGAAAGUUCAUCUAGAGUGAAAUUCAUUUGCGUAUCCUACUGUCUGAACCGGAAGCUUGUGUGGUGUCAGCAUUUUAAUAAUUAGGAAGUGAAACAAGAACAAAUCAGCUAGAACAUUGUCACACUUUAUCUGUAAUCUGCUAUGAAAGGAUGGGGUGUCCUGCUUUGGGGUUGAAGGGUGGGAUAUCCUUUUUAGUGCUGGAGUCCUUUCACAGGGGGCCUGGGUUCUGCAAGCCCUACACAUUUUAAUCUUGUUUUAGGAAAGUGGUAUCCUUUGAUUGACGUUCCUCCUCACUAACACUGUCUGCACCAUCAUUAUCUGCCCCGUAGCCCCGUGCCAGCCAUUUUCCAUUAAACUGUUGCUGAAGUAUUCACACUGACUUCCUGAUGUGGAUUGUGUUUGGAGUUAAGAUAUAAGUAAGACACAGAAGAUGACAACCCUGCGUUCUGUAGCUGAGUACAUCUGAGCUCAGGGUGGCUCUGAAAAAUACUCUCGUAACUAGAAAGAAAACUAUCAUCAAUGUUAACCUGUGGCUGCUACCACCGUAUUCUCUUCUUGUCAGGAUCACAGAAUGUGAUGUGCAUGAAGGUUUUGCUGUAGUUGGUCUUGUUUGAAUUAUUAGUUCAAAACUUUUAAAAGCUAUUAUUCCAUAUUCAAAGGUUGCAUAAAUUCUCAUACUUUCAAAUUAAAUUAUUUAUGGAUUACUUUAA